UCCCGUCAUGUCCAAAUGAGCCACAUGGGGGGCAGGAGCAGCAGUCCUUACAGUGGCGUGGUGGGUCUCAGCAGCUUCCUGCGGCAUGGACAGCGAGGAUGAAAAUAUAGAAGAGGUCGUGGAAGGUCCAUUGGAUGAAGAUGAUCAGCUCCACGGGUUCUGCACAGUAACCUAUUCAUCCAGUGAUCGUUUUGAAGGACACUUCACCCACGGAGAGAAGAAUGGCAAGGGAAAGUUCUUCUUCUUUGAUGGAAGUGCACUAGAGGGUUUCUAUGUAGAGGAUGGUCUGCAGGGCCAGGGCCUGUAUACAUAUGAAGAUGGAGCUGUCCUCCAGGGGACAUAUGUGGAUGGAGAGCUCAAUGGACCCGCUCAGGAGUGUGAUGCAGAGGGCCGGCUGGUGUUCAAGGGCCAAUACAAAGACAACAACCGCUGUGGGGAAUGCUGGAUCUACUACCCUGAUGGAGGCUGUGUGUUUGGGGAGGUGAAUGUGGACGGGGAGAUGUCUGGUGAAUCUGUAGGGUACAUCUACCCUGACGGACACACAGCUUUCUGUGGGAGCUUUGUUGAUGGAGACAUAAUUGAGGCUCGCCUUGCCACCCUGAUCCCCACCGAAAGUGGAAGGCCGCGCUUCGAAAUCACACCAAACAGUCCUGUGUACUCGUACGACAAGUCCACGUCCACUUGUAUCACCGCCCACGCUUUGCUUCCUGACCCUUAUGAGAGUCAACGGGUGUUUGUGGCAGACUCUCUGAUCAGAGGAGCAGGAGAGGGCCUGUUUGCCAAGAUGGACGCUGAUACUGACACUGUGAUGGCUUUUUAUAAUGGAGUUCGCAUCACACACUCUGAGGUGGACAGCAGAGACUGGGCACUGAACGGGAACACAAUCUCAUUGGACGAGGAUACAGUGAUUGACGUCCCUCAGCCAUUGGACCAGACGGCGCGAUACUGUGCCUCUCUCGGUCACAAGGCAAACCACUCCUUCAUCCCCAAUUGCAAAUAUGACCCGUUUGUCCACCCUCGUUUUGGGCCCAUCAAGUGUGUCCGAACCUUGAGGGCUGUGCAGAAAGAUGAGGAGCUAACAGUUGCUUAUGGUUAUGAUCACGAGACGCCUGGGAAUAAUGGCCCUGAGGCCCCUGAUUGGUACAAACAGGGGCUGAAAGAGUUCCAGCAAAGACCAGCAGCUCCCACUAAGCUGUAGAAAUACAAUAAAAACAGCCCUCUACUGUACCACCUUACAAGACUCCUGCAGCAUUAUGGCACUGAAUAUCACCUGCAGCUAACCAUACCAUAUGCGUUUUGAGGAGUUGUCAUGCACUACGUGGAGCAACUCGGCCCUGGAGGUCUAAGCAACAGAAGAGCUAUGCAAGAAACCAAAUGUUGAUAGAGGAGACAUGUUUCUGGCUGUAAGGUGAUGCUUUGUUUGAUUUUACCAGUGUUCUCUUUGUCACAUAUUACUGGAAAUAAAAAUGACACGCUCAACUUUUACCA